AUGCAGCGACUCAGGGAAGGCAUUCACAUACGCACCAUGAAGGCAAAGAGGAAAGUGGAGGAGAUCUCCAAAGAGGACAUCCAGGCUUUCCUCAAGAAGAACGCCUUUGUGCUGUUUACAGUCGCCGCAGUUGUUGUAGGUAUCGCUCUGGGAUUCACGCUUCGCCCGUAUAAGAUGACCUAUCGAGAAGUUAAGUACUUCUCUUUCCCCGGAGAGCUGUUGAUGAGGAUGCUUCAGAUGCUGGUUCUGCCCUUACUCGUCUCCAGUCUCAUAACAGGAAUGGCAGCUUUGGACAGCAAAGCUUCGGGAAAGAUGGGCAUGAGAGCUGUGAUUUACUACAUGACCACGACGUUUAUCGCUGUUUUCAUCGGCAUCAUAAUCGUCCUCAUCAUCCACCCAGGAAAAGGAUCCAAAGAUGAGUUUGGAAAGCAGCAGACGAUAGAGCAAGUCAGUCCUGCUGAUGCCUUCUUAGAUCUGAUCAGAAACAUGUUUCCACCGAACCUGGUCCAAGCUUGCACACAGCAGUUCAAAACCAAAUAUGGCAAGCGAGUGGUCCAUGUGACGGUGACGGUGAAUGACACCCUCUUCAACUCAACCAAUGCCACCCAGGAGGUCAUGGAGAUCACCCGGGAGGAAGCGAUCCCAGUGCCGGGUCAGGUGAAUGGGGUCAAUGCUCUCGGGCUGGUGGUCUUCUCCAUGUGCUUUGGUCUAAUAAUUGGCAACAUGAAGGAGCAGGGCCAGCUCCUAAGAGACUUCUUUGACAGCCUCAAUGAAGCUAUCAUGCGGCUGGUUGCCAUCAUCAUGUGGUAUGCUCCUAUUGGUAUUCUGUUCCUGAUUGCAGGAAAGAUUGUGGAGAUGGAUGAUCUGACACAGAUGGGUGGUCAGCUGGGCAUGUAUGUCAUCACAGUUAUCAUUGGCUUGAUGAUCCAUGCCAUUCUUAUUCUGCCCACUCUUUAUUUUGCUAUCACUCGGCAAAACCCCUUUAUCUUCAUCGCUGGGCUCCUGCAAGCUCUGGUGACAGCUCUAGGGACCUCCUCAAGCUCAGCCACCCUGCCUGUCACCUUUAAAUGUCUGGAGGAAAACAACAAAAUUGACAAGCGAAUCACUCGUUUUGUGCUGCCCGUCGGUGCCACCAUCAACAUGGAUGGAACAGCUCUGUAUGAGGCACUGGCAGCCAUCUUCAUCGCCCAGGUCAACAAUAUGGAGAUGAACUUUGGUCAAAUCAUUACCAUCAGUAUUACGGCCACUGCAGCCAGUAUUGGAGCUGCUGGCAUCCCGCAGGCAGGCUUGGUCACCAUGGUGAUUGUACUGACCUCUGUAGGACUUCCCACUGAUGACAUCACUCUUAUCAUUGCAGUUGAUUGGUUCCUGGACCGCCUGCGUACCACAACCAAUGUUUUAGGGGAUUCGAUUGGAGCCGGCAUUGUUGAGUUUCUGUCUCGACAUGAGCUUCGCAGCAAAGACGUGGAGAUGGGGAACUCAGUGCUGGAGGAGAAGGAGAGGAAGAAACCUUACAAGCUCAUCUCCCAGGAUAGUGAUUUUGAAAAUGACAAACGUGCUCACAGUGAAUCAAACAUGUAGUUCAAACUUGGAACAGCUGCCACAUCCGUUAACACGUACCAACACUUGCACCAGGUUCUAGUUUUGGGGAGUAGGGACCUAAUUGUGAGAUGUUGUUGUCAACUAUAGUUUUACUGUCAUUAUUUCACACUUUGGAUUUGUUAACAUGUCUUUAUUGUCAUGUCCCAGAGGUGAAUUUCUUACAUUCCUAUUUCUCCUAAAAUCACCAAGAAGGCAUCCUUUAAUACAUUCAUCUUCAAAUAGGACUGGUAGUUUCUGCUGUGUAUGUG